AAUCAGAAUUCAAUAAGCAGCCGAAAUGGAAUGCAAGUUUACUUCGAUUAAGAAUUGGCUUUUAGCCGUCGAGUAUGGACUCUUGAUGCUCUUGACUGUAGUCAUUUUGCUAGUUGGGAUUCCCAGCUAUAUUGACGUGGGUACAGCUGUGCGAAUCAGUUACUACUUCCUUUCUCCCGUGUUAGCGAUACUUUUCCUACUGCUCGUCGGCAUUGUAGUAAUCCAUUUAAGGAAACAAGGAUCGAAGAAACCCAAGCUGAACCUAUCUCGGCUCCUGCUACUGCUGGUGGUUUUUGUACUACCCUUGAUUUUGAGCUUUAAAAUUAUUCAACACCACAAAUCCAGCUGGAAGCUUUUGUCCAAGGCAUGGAUUGAAUUAGAUGGUCUUAAUCAAACGGAAUUGCUGUCCUCCUGGCAAGAAAAGGGCAACUGCUGUGGAGUUAUGGGCCCAUAUGACUACCUUAGGAAGGGACUGGAGUUACCCAAAAACUGCUUUAAUUAUAAAGAAAGCGAAGUAAAAGUGAAGGAUGGCUGCUAUAAAGUUUUCAGGGACAAUGCAUUUAUUACUUACUAUAUAAUUGUAGUGAUAAUUGUAGUGAUAUUUGCGGUCUAUUUGAUGGUGAAAAUUGCACGGAAUUUCUUGGAGUGGAAAGCGGACAUGGACAACUCUAGGGCAAAACGUAGGACUUCAAAUGCGCCCCUACUUUAAUAUGAACUUACUGAUGAUGGUGUAAUAAUUUCUUUUGUAUAACCAACAAAUAAAUGACUAAUCGAAGCAGA